AUGUCCCUGCACAUGGAGGAACUGUACCUCUUCUUCUCCAGCCUGGGUCUGUCUGAGUGCUGCCUUCUGGCGGCCAUGGCCUACGACCGCUAUGCCGCCAUCUGUAAUCCCCUGCUCUACACGGCCAUCAUGUCCCCCGCCCUCUGUGUGCAGAUGGUGGUUGGCGCCUACCUCACCGGAUUCUUGGGUUCGCUGAUCCAAUUCUGUGCUUUACUUCAGCUCGAUUUCUGUGGGCCAAACCUUGUCAACCACUUUUUUUGUGACCUGCCUCAAUUACUAGUCCUCUCCUGCUCUGAAACCUUUUUCCUGCAAGUCAUAAAGUUUGUGAUAGCAGUGAUUUUUGGUGUGGCAUCUGUCCUGGUCAUCAUGGUCUCCUAUGGGUACAUUGCUGGGACCAUCUUGAGGAUGAGCUCCGUGGAAGGCAGGUCCAAGGCCUUCAACACCUGUGCUUCCCACCUGAUGGCUGUCACCCUCUUCUUCGGGUCAGGACUUUUCGUCUACAUGCAUCCGAGCUCCGGUCAUUCUCUCGGCUACGACAAGAUGGCUUCAGUCUUCUAUGCCAUGGUGAUUCCCAUGUUGAAUCCUUUGAUUUAUAGUCUGAGGAACAAGGAAAUCAAAGAUGCCGCUAAGAGGUGUAGGAAGGAGCGCGUGCUUUCCCGCUGCCGCUGUUAG